GUCUGUAGACCUCCUGUGCCCUCUGCAAGAGAACGGGAGCGAGAGAGAGAGAGUGAAUUGGUCCGUGGCGUUUCUAAUAAUUCUCCCAGUUAUGGCUUCUGAAGAUGUGGCUGCUGGAAGGAAAGGAAAAAGAGAGGGAUCACCGGGAUUCACUCGUGAAGUAUUCUUAAGUUUUAGAGGUCCUGAUACUCGCAAAGGAUUCACGGAUCACCUUUAUAGCAGAUUGGUAGAUGCAGGGAUCCAAGUCUUUAGAGACGACGAAGAUCUCCCCGCCGGAGAAAAGAUCAAGCCGGAGCUAAAAAUAGCGAUCAAGCAGUCAAGGAUCUCCAUAGCCAUCCUCUCCAAACAUUAUGCUUCCAGUGAACAUUGCCUCAUGGAGCUGGAACAAAUGUGGGAGUGCAAACAAUCAGAUGGACAGAUUCUUCUCCCUAUUUUCUAUGAUGUUAGUCCCUCCGAUUUAAAAGACCCGCUUGGAGAUUUUGGAAGGUCCUUAAAGAAACAUGAGGAGGAUAACAAAGUCGACGCAAAUAUCAUCAAAACAUGGAGGAGUGUUCUUGCAGAGAUCAAGAAAUUAAGGGGAGAUGAGUUGAAGAACGUAAAGAACGGGUAAUUCUUUUACUUCUGGUUUCCAUUUUCUUUCCCAGAUAAGUGGAAAAACUUAAAAAGGUAUAGGAUGAUGUGAAAAUGAACCCCGACCUGAUCCAACAAAUAUUAUAUGUAAGCAUAUCGAUUAUGAUGCAUGCUAGAGAGAUUUUUGAGUUUAUCCUUAUGAAAUGGAUUGGUUUUUAACAGGUUAAAGUUCUAUGUGCCCGUUGAACGAUGGGAAAAUUAUAUGAAUAGUUUUAAA